CGCCCUCGGUGAGUAUGGAUCCCCAGCUGGCACUAACUCCUGAGACACUCUCGAGGGUGGAAGAUGAGUACCCAGCAGCUAGCCAGCAGCCCAGGCCGUCGAUCACCUGGAACCGAGGCUCGCCCAUUGCCUAUGCGGCCGCCGACCAGGCGACCACCAGUUCUGGCACCAGCCCGGCUUCGGUCUUCCUCUGGCGCGGUAGGCUCGGCAGCCGCCCCGACAUUCACGUGGGGACUCAGCCGCGUAUCUGCUUCCUGCGGCCGCGAACCUCCCAGCCGCUGAUGCUCUUCAGCCUAAUGAAUUCCAGUGAAGCAGCAGUGAAAAAAUUUUUACCCAAGAGCCACUUAUCCCAAGUGAUUAUUCGUGACAACCUCAGUGCACAGCGGAUCUAUGAGAUGGAGAUAAGAGCUUCGGACAAGACCAAGAAAAAGAUGGGCCACUUGUAUGACCACCUGAAAAAAAAAUUCAUGGCAGACCAGCUCAGAAAGCUGGGGCGCUGGAGACGGGACUCCAUGAACAUCCGCCAGUACCUGGAUAGCAUCCGAGCACACAAGGUCCCAUUAAAAGUCCAGCCUAACAAGAAAAGCCGGCCACCCUAGUCAAGGUGGAUGAGCUGCCCCGGGGCCGUGAUGACACUUGUCUGAUGGGAGAAGAGCUAGAAACCGGUCAGUCCAUGCUGAUGUGAAACAACAAUAAACUGAGACCAGUGGACAGUGGAGCACAAAACCCCUCAGCACUUCUAAUAUUUCUUGUCCCGGCCCAUCCCCUUCGCUGGUAAAGGCUGUCCUGAUAGUCCUGUAGCUGCCCAACUGGAAAGGGCUGAAUCAGGCUGGCUUCUAAGGUUGAGGCAGAGGCUGACCUUUGGUACCCACAUGUCUGAGUCAGGGCCAGGCCAGGUGCGCUGGGACAUCGGUACCUUAGGUGGGAAGGGCUCGGUGAUGCCCCCGCCUGGCAUUCCAGUGGGAAGGAGUCAGGGUGGGGCAUCAGGCAGAUGGGUUAAGGGUUAUUUCUGCCAUCCAUCAGCUGUGUGACUUUGUAACCUCUCUGAGCCUCUGUCUUCUUAUCUGAAUGAACCAGGUAGUAAUGAGGGCACCUACCCCCAACAGCUGGCCUGAGGGUGUGGAGGGCUUGGUCCAGGGCCUGUCAUUUUCAAUGACUGUCAUCUCGAUGCCUACAGUUAGUGUCCAGCCUCACCAGCCCCCACCCCCGGCCUGCCUGCUGUCCCCACUACACCCCAACAGCCCCCACAUUUUACCUUUACUUGCACAUGCCCCGCACCUAGAAUACCUCUUCAGCCCCCCAAGGCUCUCAGGAAGCUCUUCUCAUCCUUCAAGGCUCAUCUCAAUGCCAUUCCUCCCCCUCAGAGCUUCUCUGACCUGCUUCCUGCCGGUCCCUCUACCCCCACUGCCUAAGCCAUGUGGGUUUCCCCUCCCCUCUGAACCUGGCUUACCUGUGGUGGCUUCACUCUGCCUCCUGUGGUAGAUGUUUGGGUGUUUGUCCCAACCAGUGAUUACACUGUCCAGUCUGUGAGAGCAGGGGCCAAGGAUCCCCCAAGAUCCAGUUCAAGCCUCUUCGCCACUUCCCCCACCGUGGCCCCAGUGGAAAAGGCCUUCCUUCCUCUGCUUACAUGUCUGUCCGCACCGAGCAUAUAGUUGGCCAUUUCUUAUUUGUUCACUGUAUCCCUGACCGCGUUGUGAAAGUCUCGGGGGCAGGGAAGCUGACUUGUUCAUCUCUGUAACCACAGUGCGUAGUAACUGGAGUUGUCACUUGAUGGUUUUUGAAUAAAUGACUCAUUCCUUUUCGUAUUACUCACAACUUCAGCACAGUGCCCUCAGUAAGGGCCUGGUACAUAUUUUUUUAAGUUAACUAAGUCUCCUCAUUUUACAGAUGAGGAAACUGAGGCUCAGAGAGGUGUCCUGACUUGCUCAAGGUCAUGCAACAAGUUAGUGGCAGAGAACUAGAAGCAGGUUUGUUGCCUGCAUGGAGUGGUCAUUCUGCAUCACCGCAGCUGCCAGGUAAUGACCUCAGCCCUCUUGGUGGCUUUCGGUGGGUUCGUCCUCACCCUCAUCGUACCCUUUGGGCAUUGCUGCCGAGACAUUCAGCAGGCUUUCCUUCCAGGGGGACCUCAGCGAGCCCCCAUCCCAAGGGGACCAGGGAGUCCAUGGGCAGGGGUGGGAGCUGGAUGUUCGUGAUGCUCCCUUUUCCCUCUUAAUGGUCUUCCUUUGAGAACCUGCUGCUUUUCAGUGGGGGCCAAAACGGGUUCUUGUCUGUUUUCUUGGCUGAGCACAACCGAUGGUAAUAAUUGGUUUCAAGUAUUUAAAUUUUAUUACACAGCAGCAGCAUCAUGUUUGCCAAAAACGAAAACAAAUUCUUCUGUUGGAUCCACCGCUGCUAGGGCUUUGGUGUGUUUCUUUAUUUUGUGUAUUUGUUUCAUGUUGCCAGCAGUCUUUUUCCUUGGCACUGUACCUAAAAGGGGGAAAGGAAGGCUUUAGGGAUCCUGGCAUCUUCAGAGGACCAGCAGAGCAGCCCCAGCCCCUCUUUUCUCAUAUUGUCCCUGAGAACUCCCCACCUGCUACGUCUCUCCUAAUGCAGCCUCUCCGAGCCUCACCCCAGUCUGGCCCCCGGCCACAUGCCCCCUUCUCCCUGGAUGGUUGGCCUUGGCAGAGGGUCUUUGCAUCCUUGUCCUGUGGUCCAACGGACUGGGCGACCCUUGGGAAGGGGGUUGGGUGAGGGAGUUGGGAUGCCAAACUAAUUAAGUCACUUUAUAAGCCACUAACUCAUCUCAGAUUGUGUGGACUUAGUCUUCCCAUUUUCCCAACCAGAGAAUGGUGCAUGUAAGUAGGGAACAAGAAGUGAUGAAAUCCUAGAGAGGCUGCCUAAUUGUUUGUAGUUGAAAAGAAGGAAAAAUCAGAGAGGGAAGAAUGUGGGAGUAUUGGAUGGGAAGAUAUUAUUCGAGAAAUAGAAUCUUGAAGCUAAGGAGGGCCUCAGGGAUUCUUUAGUCCGGUGGACACACAGACACACAGAACUCUUAGUUCAAAUGAAGUCUCACAUGGAAGCCCAUUCCAGUCAUUAAAACCAUUGACACAUUCACAUUUACUGAGCGCUCAGAUGCCAGGCACAAGGCUCAGCUCUUUUGAAACGUAAUUCAUUGAAUUCUCCAAACAACCAAGUAGGUAAUUUUUUUUAAAGUUUUUUUUUUUUACUUUUUUUUUCAC